AUGACCGGACUAAACCGGUGGGUGAUCGCUUUCGCGGCAAUUCUGGUGGUUUUUGUCGGUAAUUCGUUAUCACUAGAUUUGUCCCACUCCAAGGAGAAACGGACAGGAUUGAAUGUGUCGGAGGAGGCGAGACAGUUGCACGAUCUCAGGAUUGAAACCGAGGUGGAACCUGUUGAUGCGGUGAUUGUUAAGGCUGUUGAGAUACCCGAGGAGAAGGUCACUUAUGAGGGCUCGCAACUCUGGAGGGUCAAUGCCGAAGGGGAGCAAGCGGAUUUUGUUAAUUAUUUGCAGGAAACUGGAGAGGUAUCGAAAUGGACUGGUAAUGACUCUGCGGUCGACGUCCUCGUCCGCCCUGACAUGAUACCCCGUGUCUCACGCUUCCUGCGUGAGCGAGAAGUUAAGUACGACGUAAUUAUACCAGAUCUGCAGCAAGCCAUCGACCAAGAGAAUCCCAUAGACGAGGAAGCGCUGGAAGAGCUGGCUGGCCGUAAAGGUCAUCGAAUGGAGUGGACGAGCUAUCACCACCUAGAGGACAUCCACGGUUACCUCGAUUAUCUAUCAGAAACGUACCCCGAAAUCUGUUCUGUCAUGUCAAUCGGCAAUUCCGUGGAGGGCAGACCCCUGAAGGUCCUCCGCAUAUCGAGAGGCGAGCCAAAUGCCCCGGCAAUUUGGAUCGACGGUGGCAUACACGCACGUGAAUGGAUUUCACCUGCCUCCGUCACGUACAUAAUAAAUUACCUGGUGGAAAACAGUGACGAGCUAAAAGCUGAUUACUAUGUUCUACCUGUCGUCAAUCCCGAUGGAUACGAGUACACGUUCCGUGGUGAUAGACUUUGGAGAAAGAACAGAAGUAGUCCGGAAAAAGGUGGUGUCUGCAUCGGUGUCGAUUUGAAUAGAAAUUUUGGAUACAGAUGGGGUGGAUUGGGAACGAGUAAACAGCCGUGUAGAGAAAUUUUCGCUGGGACUGGGCCAUUCUCGGAGCCCGAAACGGCUGCGAUUAAAAACUUUUUUGAUGCUAGUGCUGCUGAUUUUAAGGCAUAUUUAACAUUCCACAGCUACGGCCAGUACAUCCUCUACCCAUGGGGCUACGACCGUCGUGUACCCCCAGAUUACGCAGACCUGGAGAGACUCGGUCAGCAAUCAGCAGCAGCGAUGAAGUCAGCUGGUGGUGCAGGCAGUGUCUAUACAGUGGGCAAUAGUGCAACUACUUUGUAUGCAGCAGCAGGUGGUGCCGAUGAUUGGGCUAAGGCCUACCUCAAGGUCAAAUACGCAUAUACCAUUGAACUGAGGGACAAGGGCAAGCAUGGCUUCAUUCUUCCAGCUAAAUACAUUACACCAACGGCCAAGGAGGCACUCGCCGCCGUAUUAACUGUCACUAAGGCAUGCACAAAGUUGUAAGGUUGCAUCAUU